AUGCCCUCGCGGGCAGACGUAGAUGCGUGCGCCUUCAAGGCCUGGCACCCGCUCUUCCGUGCCGUGUCCAUCAAGUCGCGGACGCACCCACUCUCGCAGGCCUUUGUCGACUACCUCCUGGCGGAUGGCCUGCUGCUACCAGCCUCAGUUGCCGAUGAGAAGGGCAUUGCUCGUGAUGCUCUAGACGAGGCUCUAGAUGACGUCUCCGACUCGGGCUUCCCGGCCGACGACGCUGAUGGCAGCGAGGCGAGCGAUGACCACGCCUUUGCCCCGGCCUUCCCCGAGCUCGAGGCCUUUGUGGCCGAGACCGUCAAAGCCUUUGGCGGCGGCGGUGUGGUGCCCAAGCUCGACUGGUCCGCUCCAAAGGAUGCAGUCUGGGCCUCGUUUGGCGGAUCGCUCAAGUGUGUCACCCCUGCCGACGUCUUUCUCCUGCUCAAGGCCUCCGACUUUGUGGCUCACGAUCUGCUCCGGCCCUACCACGGCACCACUGAGGAUGCCGAGGGCGACGGGACCGGUCUCGACCCGCCAGCUGCUGGCCACACUCUGGUUCUGCGCAAGUUCUACAAUCUGCAGCCGGCGCUCGAGUUCCGUGCCUUUGUCCUCGGCUCACGCCUCGCGCUGCUGUCCACCACCACAUCCGCCAUCUGCUCGCCGACUUUUACCAUGCCCAUCUUGCCCCGGCGCCGCCCGGACGCCUUUACUCUCUCGCACUUCUCGUUUGACGUCUACGUCGAGCGCAAGUUCACCAAGGUCGUCCUCGUCGACAUCAACCCGCUCGCCGAGCCGUGGUCCACACUCCUCUUUACCCGCACCGAGCUCGACUCCUACGCCGCCCUACCAGCCGACGAUCCGGCUGCUGCCGACCUCCCGCGCAUGCGCAUCAUCGAGUCUCAGACCAGGAUCCAGCCCACCACCGCCGCCUACCACGGCCUUCCGCACGAUCUCCGCCACUUUCACGACAUUCUCGCCAUCGAGAACUCCGAUCUCGGCGCCGAGGGCUCAAUGGAUGCCCUCAUUGCCGCCAUGCGUGAGCAGGAUGCUGCCGCCGUCGAGCUGUAG